UCGGAUGUGACGUCGGACGGGCGGGUUCCGGUUCCGCCCUCUCUUCUCCCAUCAGCGCGGCGGAGCGGUGCCAACAUGCAGAUCUUUGUGAAGACCCUGACUGGCAAGACCAUCACCCUUGAGGUUGAGCCCAGUGACACCAUCGAGAACGUGAAGGCCAAGAUCCAGGACAAGGAAGGCAUUCCUCCCGAUCAGCAGAGGCUGAUCUUCGCUGGCAAGCAGCUGGAAGAUGGGCGCACCCUGUCUGACUACAACAUCCAGAAAGAGUCCACCCUGCACCUGGUGCUGCGUCUGCGUGGUGGCAUCAUCGAGCCGUCCCUGCGCCAGCUGGCUCAGAAAUACAACUGUGAUAAGAUGAUCUGCCGCAAGUGCUACGCUCGCCUCCAUCCUCGUGCUGUCAACUGCCGCAAGAAGAAAUGCGGCCACACCAACAACCUGCGCCCCAAGAAGAAGGUCAAGUAGAGCAGCUCUGCUCCACGCUGUGCUCUCCUAAUAAAGCAAAUGCCUUCAAACCCUG